UGUCGUUCUGGCGCGCUGCGACUUCCGGCUCUUUCUCUCCGCGAAACGAGACGCUUUUUCGCUUGCCGCCGGGCACUUUAACCGGAGAGAGCUGUCGGUUUGUGCUGUGCAUAUAUAUACACAUGGGUCGACCGCGCAGAUGCGUCCUCGCGCGUCCACGUUCGACGCACAAAUAGAUAGAUGUGAAGGUCGGCAGAAAGGCACUUGAAUCACGGGGACCGGCUGCGAGUGUCAAAACUCGAGGACGCGUGUGCUGUUUGCGUGAAAGCGUGGACAGGCUUCUUCCACUUUCUGUCUGCAGGCGAACUGCCUUUCUGCCUCGCUCGUGUCUCGCAACUUGGCAGCUCCCGGCGACAGUCAAAAACGCGGGCAACGCGACGGCCCGCGUGCGAGGAAAAGGGGAUUUUCGGAAAGGAAAACGCUCGCUUUGUCCACUCGCGCCGCCACAAAAUUCUCCGCCCGCCGUCUCUCCCUUUCUUUCCUGUGUUCCCCCCUCCUUCGGCCUCCCCGGACAACGGGAGUCCUGUGUAUGUACACCUCACACGCACUCGCCUGCAAACAUAUUUACGGCGAAGGCAAAUCGGUCUCUGUGUUUUUGCGCCCCUCGUCUCUUUCUCUCGACUUCUUUUUGUGUUCCUCGUCGCCUGCCACAGACGAACGGCCUGAGCCAGUCGGGCAGAAGUACCGUAGCCACAAAAACGCAGAGUGCCCUCAUGACCGCAAGGAUUCACAUGCACCCUCGCAGCCAGACUGUGUUCGGUGUCUCAGUGCGGUCUGGCGACGGUCUCUCGAGUUGUUCGCGAAACGCAGACGCUGGGGUCCCGGACGUUUCCGUUCUCUCUGCCUUUUAGCCGACAACCGUCUGGCCUGCGGGGUGUAGAGUGACGCUCGAGCUUCUCGCGUUGCCGUCGCGCCUCGAUUGACCUCGGCGCUGUGGCCGCUGCUUCGUCUUUCCAGCUGCCUUUCUGUCUUCCUCUCUGGCGCCCCUGUCGCCUCUUUUGUACCAGUCUGCUCUCCUCUCAUCGAGAACACCCUCGGUUUGUGUCGGUCGCGUCCUGGAUCUCCCGAUUUCUCGUUCGAGGUUUCCGUGGGUUCCCUUGUUUUUCUCUGUCACGGCUCUCUUCGUGAACCUCUUCCAGGUGCUGUCUCCGGCGCCAGCUCGGGGGUUGCGCCUUCUUCGGUGCUGAGGCCAGGGAGAAGAGUCGCCAGUCAGAAGCCUGAGACAGCGGGAGGAGACGCUCGCUAUUUUUUUCACGAACGCGUCGUCCUGAAGUCGAAGACACAGUCGGAGACAGCUGCGUCUGCGGCUCUGGAGGUGGUUGCGCGACGCUCUGUUCGUUAAACGAAGCAUGUGUUUGCAAAGCGGGGAAAGGCCUCCAAGAUGUCUCGUCGCGAGAGAAAGGGGGCAAAUGAGUUGAACAAAAGUGAUCCUAACUGUGUCCCCCCAUCUCUACUCGACUCUCAGCUUGCACUGCUCGCUGCUAACUCGUUCGACGUUCCCCUUACUUUGAAAAAGUCGACGGCCUCUCUGUCUGCCUCGCGCUCCUCCUCGCCCAGAAGCGUCGUGUCUGCCAACUGCAGUUCGCCCCGGACUUCCGACUUCCCGGACCGUGACCCUCUCGCGUCCUCUGUCGACUUACCACGCGCUUCUCCAGCUUCUCCAGCUUCUCCAGCUUCUCCUGCUUCUCCUGCUUCUGUCUCGCCCCGCUCUCUGGGUUCUCGUUCUCCAGUCUCUUCGUCUUUCGCUGGCAACUUGCGGGAGCGCGAGGGCGUGUGUCUCCGCGGCGCCUUGCAUCUGUCUCCUUCGUGCGGCGCCGCGCUCGGUUCGCUGUCUCCGCCGCCGCUGCUGAGGACGAGUCGCUCAGCUUGUUUGUCUCCGAGUGUCUCCACAGAUCCCCCUCGCGCGUCUCCGCUGGGAGUCUCUUUUCUCUCGAGCACGAUGGAGGAAGACGACGCAGCGCUCUUCAAGGUCGAGAAGGGGAGCUCGCGGCUGGCCGCGAAGGCGCCUGAGGCGGGAGCGACUGCGGGCGAGUUGGGUGUCUGUACACCCGUCCCAGGGGUCACUCCCGAGCCCUCAGGCGGAGUGUCUCCUCCGGUGCCGAAGGCUUUCGGACUCGCGUCCUCGACGCCGCGGCGCCUGAACGACGGCUCCUUGCUCGAGGCGCCUCUUUCGAACGAGCUCGAGAUGGUCAUUCCACGUUUCCGCGCGCGCUUCCUCGAAGGACUGGAAGAGGGUGACGCGCCCGUGGACUCGCUCACGCUCUACAGCGACUGGAAGGAGCUUCCCGCACUUCGCUUCCGCCUGAUGGUUCACCCGCUGACGCGGUCGCACAGCCGGCUGGCGCAGCUCUCUCCGCCGUCUCCGCUGCUCCCGGAGGCGCGCGCCCUCUCUCCCCAGCAGCAGGAGUUCCUCCAGAGUCGCACGGCGGCGGCCUUCGUCGAGAUCGGCCCGAAGCCGGACUGGCCUGCGGACUGGAGCUUCCAAGCGGGCGUCCGCUUCCACAUCUAUGUGGUGAAUCUGUCGGAGCCGGAGCGCUCGAUCUGGAAGGAAGAAACCUUUCAGUUCAGCUGCGAGGAAGUCGACCGCGGCUGGCACUCGAUUGUCUCCUACUGGACGCUGUACGAAGAGCGCUUCUUCGCCUCGCAGUCUGGAGACCUCGUCCUGCGCGCCGCCGUCUUCCCCGCAGGCACCGCCGUCAUGAGUCGCGGCCUGCGGACCCCCUGUCCCCCCUCGCCGCCCUGUGUCCGCGGCGCCGCGACGACGCCCGCGCCGGAGGCCGCUGAAGCCGCGCGAGCGACCGAGGCGGAGAUGCGCGACAAGAGCGACCGCGAGAAGGACGACGAGCUCGGACCUGUGAUCGCAGGACCGCCGGCAGGCGCCUCGUCUCCCCUUGCCUCUCUCCUCGCGUCGCUUCCGGCCUCCGCGUCGCUGGGUCGAGCUGGCAAAGGCUACGUCGGUCUCCGAAACCACGGCGCAACGUGCUAUAUGAACGCGCUCCUCCAGAGCCUCUACUACAUCGGGAAGUUCCGACAAGCGGUCUACGCCCUCACGUUCGAUACGAAGGCCAUCAGCGGUCCGCGAAGCGUCCAAGUGCUGGAGAGCAGGUGCCGCCGCAGAAAGCGCCGCGCCGGCGGCUCCGGAGCGACAGGCGACGCAGACUCGGAAAGCGCGCAGGACGAUCGACACCCCAGACUCGAGCGAAACAGGGACCCCGAAGACGCGCUCGAUGGAAGCUGCGACGUCCACAUGGAGGAAGGCUCUGCGUCAAAGCCGACGGGAAGUCGUUUCAAGUCUGGCGGCUCUGGACGAGACUCGGACAACGCGUCUGCGUACUGUUCGCCAGCUCCGCAUCCGCUGGCGGCGCUGCUGGUGAACAGCGACGACGAAGAGGAAGACUUCUCGGACUGGAACGAGCAAGACAUGCGCGACUUGCUGCUGGAGGAGGAACAGGAGCAGCGCCGGCCGCCCUCCAUCUCGCUGGCCCUGCAGAACUUGUUCUUCCGUCUGUACACCUCCGAGGAGCCUGUAGCAUGUCGGGACUUGAUUCGCUCUUUCGGAUGGGAUGCGGCCGACGCGUUCACACAGCAAGACACUCACGAGUUGCUCAAACUGCUGCUCGACAAAGUUGAGGAGCAGAUGCAGGGGACGCCCGCAGAGGGCAGUGUGAAGAAGAUGUUUGAGGGCGAGAUGGAGACGUACAUCGAGUGCAUCGAGGUCGACUACAAGAGCGUGAGGAAGGAGACGUACGAAGACCUCAACCUCGAUGUGAAGGGAUGCAGCACCAUCCAGGAAAGUCUGCGCAGACUCGUGCAGCCGGAAAUUCUCGAAGGAGAAAACUCGUACGACGCAGAGGCGUUCGGCAAACAGCGAGCGCGGAAGGGCGUCCGCUUCCUCCGCUUUCCGCCGGUCUGCAUCUUUCUCCUCAAACGCUUCGACUUCGAUUACGAAAAAAUGGACACCGUCAAAGUAUUCUCCAGCUUCGAGUUCCAGAGUGAACUGGACCUCAACGAAUUCUGUCCUGGUGCCGGCGUCUACGAACUCCAUGCCGUGUCUGUACACCAAGGCGACGUCAACUCUGGGCAUUACUACUGCUUCUUGCGACCCCCGCCGCGUACGCAGUGGGUCAGAUUUGACGACGACAAAGUGUAUCCUGUGUCGGAGUACGCGGCGAUCGGCGACAACUUCGGAGGCGACGAAGAAGAUCCGUGUAACUACCUUGCAGGCAGAGCGCCGCGCUCGCGACAAAAGGUCUACAACGCGUACAUUCUGGUCUAUGUGAAGAAGCGUCUCGCGAACCAGCUUCUCGCCGACUGCAACCCCAUGAAGGUGAACCCUCAGGUCGUCAUCAGGUGCCGCACAGAGGAGCUUCUCAUGAAACUCCGAAAUCGAAUUCGCCGCGUCCUGGAACAGCGAAUCAAGGUGAAGGUGUACCAUCCUUUGCAAUUCGUGAACCGCCGUUUUCUGGAUUUGCCGUUGGCUACGAUGCGUCCGCUGCUGGAGCUGAAGUCGAGUCGCUCGGUGGGGAUUCUGCCGAUUCAUGAGCAAAUCACCGCGCGUCUGUUUAGCAAGUUGUACGGCGAAGAGGGCACUGGCGGCGAGGGCGGCGCCUGCAGUCAGCGUGCAGGGAAGGCUUCGCCGCCGAUCGCCUUUCUUCUGUACGCGAUGGAUUUCCUGGCCGACGACGCUCGCUUCAGUCCGCUCUCUCUCGCAGACAAUCCGUGUCUCGGGGAGAUUUUCCGCGCCAAGAUGGUGGGGAACAGCGGGAGGGCCGGGGGCGUUCUCGGCGCCCGCGUCUAUCCGGGAGGCGCCUCGGACCUGAACUAUCCAUACAACCGGUUCGACGCCUGUCUGUACUUCCUCGCGGUGCCCGAGACGAACGCGGUGAUUCGCGAGGCCGUUGACCACGAUGAAUUCUGCAGGCGACACCAGCUGCUCUUCCUCAAGUACUUUGACGUCUUCAGCGCAAACACAGUGCUGGUGGAAGCCUCUGAGCCUGUGGCGCCGCAGGACCCCAAAGGCCAACGAAACCGACAGGAAGACGACGCUCCGGUCUGCGCCGCGCUCGCGAAGAAAGUUGGCGAGGAUCCCUCCGACGUUCCUGAGGCUCUCAGAGACAACAACAUCAUUUGCCUCGACGUUGUCCUGGUUCCGAAUGGCUGGAAACUCGUCUGCCUUCAACCGCAUCUGUAUCGCCUUCUCCUGCGGUGCAUGGAGGACGGAUUGACCCGGCCGUUCGCGCUGGAGUCUCUGCGCCGUUAUGUCUCCUCUCUGGGGUCUCUGCCGCCUCUGUUCGCUGCUUCCUCGUCCGGCGGCAGUCGCCUCUUCUUCCCGGGCGCGGGGGAGAAGCGGCCUCUGGUCGACGUCGCGACCUCGCAGAGUUGUUCUCUCGCUGCAUGCGCCGCUGCCUACGGCGCAGGCCUCAGUGCGACGCUGUGUGGGCCAGUUUUCCUGAGCACUCAGGGGAACUUCCCUGCCCUGUCGAGCAGCAGAGAGCAGACACCCGAGCUGCCGCGAGAACCUGCGCUCGUCCUCGCUCUCGAAAUCGAGUUCCAGGAUCUGAAAAAUCCCACAAGCCUCACACUCUCUUCGAAGAAAACCUUCUCGCAAGAAAAGAUUUUCCCGGGGGACAUCUUCGUGUUCAACAUCGACGCGCCGGAGAGCAUGCGUCGGCGGUUCCAAGAAGUCCGGAGAAUGGCUGAGGUCAACGGCUCUGAGCGCGAACAGACGACAACUGAAGAAUUCGGUCUCUCGGCUUCUGCAGAUGGACAUGAUCGUCUCAGUCAGCUCUGCCGCGAGAACCGAGGGCUCCAGAACGUUCCCUCGCUUCUCCCCGCGAAUUUCCUUUCUCCCUCUCACGCUCAAGCUGCUGUGGUGGACGAGAAGUCUCGCGCGAGUGUGUCUCCGGAAGAAGGAACAGGCGUCGCUCUCUGGCCCUCGUCUUCUUCGCCGGCUUCCUCGUCGCCGCCCUCGGCGACGGGUGCGGCGGCGCAGGCACUUUCGACCGCGGCUCGAGCAGCGUUGGGCGACGCAGACCCGUUGGGCGAGAAGGCCGAGGAGAAGGAGACGCUGGCGGCGAAGGCCGACGAGACCGCGAGUUGCAGCACCGCCGACGUCUCCACCACUGUCGCCUCGCCUAUGAACAGCGGUGCGUUGCCGCCGUCGCGCGCGGCCGGUCUCAAGCCGGACGCCGAAGCGAAGGCAGGCGACAGUCUCUCCGGCCAGGCUCGGGGGUCUCCAGAUGGCGAGAACUCGAAAGAGAGCAGCCCUGUGUCGCUCGACCUCCCCUCACACGCACCAGGGGGAAGCGACGGCGCUCUCCUCCCUUAUCUCUCUGCUGCGCGGGGCGGACGGAUUCCGAGUGACCCUCCAGAGAUGCCUGUCCUCCCAAGUCCCGACUUCCACCACUACAGCCUCAACAAAGCGAAUCGAUUCGUCUUCCAGUUCCGACUCUACGACCCUCUCGAGCUCUUGAAUCGGCCGAUGAACUGUUGCGGCAUGUUGCUGGAGGAUUAUCCGCGGCCGAGCGUGGGUUCGUCGGCCUGCCUCGCGUCGCGCGACCUGUCGCUCUCUCACUGCUCUUCAAACGAAACACUGAGCUCCUUCACUCUGUCCUCGACUUGGUCUGCGACGUCUGCGCUGACUUCGGAUCCUUGCCUCCCUGUCUCGGCGACCAAGGGAGGCAACGCUCCGUCGGUCUCUGCCUCGUUGGUGCUCCCCACUGCCUCGCCCUCCCCCGUCACGCCGCUGGCCGCCGCUGGGCCCUUUGGAGCCCCAGCCGGAGCCGCGACCGCGGUCGGAGGCUCAGGGCUCCAGCGAGCUGUUAGUGGCGCAGGCGCCGACCUCGAGUGCGCAGACGGAGACGCGACGGCCGACAGCGAGGAAGACGAAGAUCCCUGGAUCCACGUUCCCAAGGGCCAGCCUGUGGUCGCAAAGAUGCUCGAGGUUGACGUCCGAGUCGCAUGCAACCAGGUCCUGCGCUACGUGAGUUGGUAUAUGGGCGUGGAUCCUUCGCGUCUGCUUCUGUUUCCUGAGCCGCCGUUGCUGUCGGACGCUUCGUUUGCGCCGGUGACCAUCGACAGCCUCGUUUGUGCCGUGAGCGAGGGUGGUGUCUCCCGUCGCGACGGCUCUGGAGGUUCGUCUCCCCAGGCGUCGCUGCGUCGGUUGAGCGUGAACGAAGUAUUUUCGCGCCUUGAGAAGAAGGCCCUUUUGGGCGCGGGAUCCCGGCUGGGGCGUCGGCGUCCGAGGCCGGCGGGAUCCUUCGCGUUUGCAGGUCCUGCCGGGAGUCGCCAUCGGAUCUUCCACCUCGCAGUGCUACCGCGGCACUACUCGCUCUGCUCGCGCGUCGUGGACCCUGCGACCUUGACGCCUGUGCAGCUGGAACGCGCGAAAGAACUCGUUUUCCCCGUCUCUUUGGGGACUGCUGCGGGGGGUGCUUCCGCCGCUGCGCUGCCUCCGGAGGCUCCCCUGCAAGACCCGCUGCUCCACUUCGUCGUGCUCGUUUUCAGCCGACGCGUGGAGAGUCUCGGAUGCGUCGAAGGCCUCAUUCCGGCCAGAUGUCCCUUCUCCUCGAGACCUCUGACUGUGAAGGACUUGAUUCACGCGAUCCUCGCGCGAAUGUCUCCCGCGCUUCGCGCCCAGCUCGUCGACGAGAGAAGAAGAAGCGCCUCCCAAGAGGGCCGAAGUAUCUCUGCCGAGACAAGCGGCGAGCACGCGGCCGAGAAGACUGCGUCGGCGGAUGGCGCCCGCGUCUCCGACGCCGCGCUCGCCGGUAGCUUGCGUCUCCUCGAGUCCUCGGUGGCGUCGCUGCACGAUCUCGAGAAGACGCAGCAAAUCCAUAGUCUGGCGCUCUACGCCGGACAGAGCGGCCGACGACUGGACGGGCCGUCCACGCAAAACCUUUUCGCUGUGCCCCUGAGACUCGAGCUCGACUGGACACCCGAAGAAAAAGAAUCCAUCGAGAACGGGGAGUUGAAGGUUCUGCAAGUUGUUCAUCAAACCCCUUCAGACAGAGAGUACUUUGGAUAUCCGUUCGAGAUUCUUGUCCGGCCGAGUGAUACGCUCAACGAGAUUAAGCACAAAGUGAAAGAGAAGCUGCUGCUCCCUAAGCCUCUUUGGAGUAACUGGACGUUCUUUCAGUACGCAGACUGUAACAGGUCGUGGAAGGGACCUAACGACCGCCUGGACUGGCAGCGCUACGACUCUAUCACGCUCAUCGCUGAGCAUCCGGCUCCGUACUCAAAGAUGCGCUUGCCGACGGCCAUGAAGAUCGCGUAGCUUUUUUCGCUUCGUGUGUGCCUCCUCGAGAAGAGGGGAAGUCUCAAGAGCUCUUUUCUGGAAUCACAUGGUCACUCCCCCGCGCUGUGGAGUUCAAAGAUGCCUGUGUCUUCUUCCAAGACUGUGUUGUGAUGCGGGGCAAAUGCGGAGAGAGAGAGGGGAGUUGCCGCGGUCGGAGUGUCUCUUCUCUUUUCGCAGCGUCUCCAAGUCUUCUGAACAGAGAGAAGAAGAGUCGUGUGAAAGGCUCUUUCCUGCGGUCUUUUUUUUUCGCUUUCUCUCUGUGGCUGUGUGCGAGUCCCCCCGAGGGAGCAAAGUGCCUUUUUCCUCCGGAGACCGCCCCGGAGACGACGUCCAUUUCUCUGUGCAUGCACCAGGAUAGAUCUGGGUAUCUGUGUAUAGCGCGAGAGAGAUGUCAAUCUCAUAUUUUCGACUGCUGCUGAAGGAGGCGGCACAGAACGUUUCAGAUGUGUGUUUCCUGCGUCUGUGUGAGGUCAACAAACUUUGUAUUUCUUGAAGCAUUCCGGUGCGUCUCUCCUCUCUUGCUCUCGUUCUCUUCGUCCCCCCCCCCCCCCGUGUCUGUGCUCCUUCUCCGUUCGCUUUAUCAUCUUCUGUGCAGUGUCUGUCAUUCGACGUUUCUGAGGCCCACCGUUGCUCUCUUCCUCUCGCCGCGAAACGACGUUGCUGAUGGAAAGUCCGUUUCUCUUCUGAGGCACCGCCCCUUUCGUUGUCCCCUUUUCUCACCGCGACUGGGUGCCUCUUGCCUAAAACUUGAGAGGGAGAACUCACGCGCCGCCAUUUUUUACAGAAUCCCUUUUUCGGUGGGCCUGUCACAUCAUCGGACAUUUUGAGACGCGGAGAAUGGCGCCAUCGACUGUGUUUCGGCACGGACUGUUCCCCUCAAACCUGCACAACUCGAGUGACGACGCAACUCGCGUCCUCUCUGCAUACAGGCCUUCACAUGCGCAC